AUGUGUUCUUAUGUAUUCCCAGCACACAGCGAACAGGUCUGUAGUACAUGGGGUAACUACCAUUUCAAGACGUUUGAUGGACACAUCUUCCAGCUCCCGUCCAGCUGCAACUACGUCCUGGCCUCUCAGUGCAAGAGCAGCUAUGAGGAUUUCAACAUCCAGAUGAGGAGGGAGGUGGAGAACGGCCUCCCAACCAUCAGCAAGGUCACCAUGGUGCUGGAGGGUACCGUGGUGGAGCUGAUGAAGGGCUCUGUCUCCGUAAAUGGAAAACCUGUGAUACUGCCAUUCAGUGAAUCAGGGGUUCUCAUUGAGAAGAGCUCAUCCUACAUCAACAUCAAGGCAAAGCUGGGGCUCUUGGCCAAGUGGAAUGAGGAUGAUGCCUUCACGGUGGAACUGGACAAGAAAUUUGCAAACCAAACGUGUGGACUGUGUGGAGACUUCGAUGGUGUCCAGACAAAUGAGUUUGUCACAAAUGAGGGUGUGCACAUUUCUGAUCUUGACUAUGGAAGCCUCUGGAAGCUGGAUGGUCCAACUGAAACCUGUCCAGAGCCAGUUACACCUGAACCAACGUGCAAAGAUAUGACAUCUGUAUGUGAGCAUCUACUCUCCAGCCCUGCCUUUGAAAGCUGUAAAGCUGUAGUGAACGUCGACUCAUUCAUCAAGGUCUGUGCGAGGGACCUCUGCCUGUGUGCUAACAGCUCUGACUCCUUCUGCCUGUGCGGCACCAUAUCUGAGUACUCACGUCAGUGCAUCCAUGCCGGAGGGAAACCCGGUGAAUGGAGGACAGAGCAGUUCUGCUCAAAAUCAUGCCCCUCCAACAUGGUGCACCAGGAGUGUGGAAGCCCGUGUGUGGAUACUUGCUCAAACCCUGACCGAGGACAGUUGUGUGAGGAGCACUGCAUGGAUGGAUGCUUCUGCCCACCAGGCACUGUGUUUGAUGAUGUCACUGGCAUGGGUUGUGUCAGUUCAACAAAGUGUUCCUGCAGCAACAACGGAAACAUAUACCAACCUGGAGAAUCAUAUUCCAGCAACUGUAAACACUGUACCUGUGGAGGUGGCCAGUGGAGCUGCAUAGAGAAGGACUGCCCAGCAACAUGCUCUGUGGAGGGAGGCUCCCACUUCUUCACCUAUGAUGGGAAAGCCUACACUUUCCAUGGGGACUGUACCUAUGUCCUCACCAAGCAAUGUAAUGGGACCGACUUCACAGUGAUUGGGGAUCUUGUCAGGUGUGGUUUGACCGACACAGAGACCUGUCUGAAGGCCGUGACGCUGGCCGUUUCUGGAGAUACUGUGAUUAAUAUCCAGCCCAGUGGAAAAGUUUUUGUUAACAGGAUGUACUCACAGUUGCCCCUGUCUACAGCUGGAGUGACAAUUUUUGAAGCAUCCACAUUUUUCAUAAUUGUUCAGACCUCAUUUGGCAUUCAGUUGGAAAUUCAGCUGUCACCAAUCAUGCAGGUGUACAUCACAGCAAGUUCUGAACUCAAGCAAAAGACAUGUGGUAUGUGUGGAAACUUUAACAGCAUUCAGGCAGAUGAUUUCUUGGCGAUGAAUGGAAUUAUUGAGGGAACAGCAUCAGGCUUUGCCAACACCUGGAAAACAAGAGCCAGCUGUCCUGACGUGAAGAGCAGUUUGGAGAACCCCUGCAGCUUGAGCAUCGACAAUGAGAAGUAUGCCCAGCAGUGGUGCUCCCUGCUCACGGACCCUGAUGGUGUGUUUUCCCCGUGCCACAGUGAGAUCAACCCAGACAUCUACAAAGAGAACUGCAUGUACGACACCUGCAACUGUGAGAAGAGUGAGGACUGCAUGUGCGCUGCCCUCUCCUCCUAUGCACAUGCAUGUGCAGCUAAAGGCAUCCAGCUGAACGGGUGGAGAGACACGACCUGCAAGAAAUAUGCCAACAACUGCCCGAGCAACAUGGUGUAUGUCUACAGCAUACAAAACAGUGACCGCUCAUGCCGUUGCUACAGUGAUCCUGACUUCACCUGCUCAGUUACUUUUGCUCCUGUGGAUGGAUGCAUCUGUGAUGAGGGAACAUAUCUGGAUGAAGGGGGGAAAUGUGUUGCACCAGCCAGCUGCUCCUGCUACUACAAGGGCCAGGUGAUUCCUCCAGGGGAGGUUAUCAGCAAGGACGGGGCCACAUGCACAUGCAAAGCUGGCAAACUCAGUUGCAUGGGAGAACCUACAGAUCUUACUACAUGCCCAGCACCCAUGGUGUAUUUCAACUGCUCCAAUGCUGGUGCGGGAGCCAAAGGUGCUGAGUGUCAGAGGAGUUGCAAAACCCUGCACAUGCCCUGUAUCAGCGCUGAGUGUGUCUCAGGUUGCAUGUGUCCCUCUGGCCUGGUCUCUGAUGGAGAAGGUGGCUGUGUAAAGGAGGACCAGUGUUCCUGUUACCACAAUGGAGCUCAGUACAAACCUGGGGACAGCAUCAAGGUCGACUGCAAUAAUUGCACUUGCAAUGACACAAACUGGGACUGCACAUCGAAGUUGUGCCAUGGCACCUGUGCCAUCUAUGGAGAUGGACAUUACAUCACUUUUGAUGGGAAUAGAUUCAACUUUGAUGGGAGCUGUGAAUACAUCCUAACUGAGAAUUAUUGUGGACAAGGAAGUACUAAUGGAACCUUCAGAGUCAUCACUGAGAACAUUCCAUGUGGAACCACAGGAGCAACAUGUUCCAAAGCCAUCAAAUUGUUUUUGGGGAGCAAUGAGUUGAUACUGACAGAUGGAAGUUACCAAGUCGUUGAGAGAAAUUCAGGAGCAGAGGUGCCCUACCAGAUCCGCACCAUGGGGAUCUACCUUGUGAUUGAAGCUAACAAUGGUCUGAUUCUCAUGUGGGACAGAAGAACAAGUCUGUUCCUCAAGCUGAGUCCAGAGUUUAAGGGUCAAGUUUGUGGUCUUUGUGGAAACUAUGAUGGCAACGCUAACAAUGACUUUGGCACAAGAAACCAAGGACAGGUCAUUAAUCCUCUGGAGUUUGGAAAUAGCUGGAAAGAUUCUCCAAGCUGCCCUGAUGCAAAACAGACCCCAAGUCCUUGCGCAUCCAACCCUUACAGAAAAUCUUGGGCUCAGAAAAAGUGUAGCAUUAUCAUAAGUGAAGCAUUUACAGCUUGCCAUUUUCAGGUGGAUCCUUCUCCAUUCUACGAUGCUUGCGUGAGUGACUCAUGUGCCUGUGAUAGUGGUGGAGACUGUGAGUGUUUCUGCACUGCAGUGGCAGCUUAUGCAGCCGCCUGUAAUGAAGCUGGAGCCUGUGUAGCCUGGAGAACCCCAAACAUCUGCCCUCUGUUCUGUGAUUACUACAACCCACCUGGUGAGUGUGAGUGGCACUACAAACCCUGUGGAGCUCCAUGCAUGAAGACCUGCAGGAAUCCCACGGGACAGUGCUCUCAGCAGAUACCAGCGCUAGAGGGUUGCUACCCUCAAUGUCCUGCUGAUGAGCCCUUUUUUGAUGAAGACACCAUGACGUGUGUGCAGAGGGAGAAAUGUGGUUGUUUUGAUAGUGAUGGCAGACACUACAGCAAUGGAGAGAAAGUCCCUACCACAACAAACUGUCAAACAUGCCAAUGCAAUUCCACAACCAUCACCUGCGAAUAUGAUGCCAAAGCUUGCACCUGUCUAUACCAUACUGAGGUUUACCAAAUUGGUGAACAUAUAUAUAACACGGCUGAUGGAAUAGGUGGCUGCUUCAUAGCUGUUUGUGGAGAGAAUGGGACUAUCAUUCGGUCAAUUCCUCCUUGUGACACAACCCCAACAACAACAGUGUGUACCACCACUACUACAGAGACACCCCCUCCAAUCCCAUGUAAACAUGGAGCCAUGUUCAACAACAGUAAUUUCAACACCUUCCACAACACACCCAACAACAACAACCACCACUACAACAACGACCACAACUACAACACCUACAAGUACAUCAACUCCUUUUUCCAGCCCAACGCCUACCUUACGCUGCGGUGGACCAUGCACAACCACUACCACUAUAACACCUCCAAGUACAUCAACUCCCUCUACACCUGCACCUCCAACAUCAACAACAACCUCCACAACCACUACAACAACGACCACAACUACAACACCUACAACACCCCAUACCUUACGCUGCGGUGGACCAUGCACAACCACUACCACUAUAACACCUCCAAGUACAUCAACUCCCUCUACACCUGCACCUCCAACAUCAACAACAACCUCCACAACCACUACAACAACGACCACAACUACAACACCUACAACACCCCAUACCUUACGCUGCGGUGGACCAUGCCCAACCACUACCACACCUACAAGUACAUCAACUCCCUCUACACCUACAACUCCAACAUCAACAACAACCUCCCCAACAACUACAUCUACUGA